AUGAAUAAGGGUUUGAAACUUGACAGCGUCAGCUCUAACCCAGCUGAGGAAGAAGAAGCCAUGCAACGCGUGCAGCACAUUCACACCAAAGUGAGCUCUGGGAGUAAUAUUGAUAAGAAUUAUGAAAUUUCUAAUAAAAACCCAGGUAGCGGUAGUGAUUACAGUUCCGUUUCACAGCAGAUGCUUGAAUGUUUGUCCAUAAACCAGGGUGUUAAAGAUGGCUUGACUCUCGGACUCGAUCGAUACAAUUUCAGCGGCCAAAACCGUCGCGCGCGUGGGUUCUGUACGUCUGUGCCGAUCCCUUUUAGUGCUUUUGAGGGAAUUCAACGUAGUAAACACAACGUUCAGCUCACUGCGAACCAAGAAGAAAACGUAAUGAAGUCUUUUGACAAGUUGGUGAAGCCAUCCGAUGAAUCUUCAUCCUCGGGCUCUCCCACUGGCAGCCCUCCCUUCUUACCACAGAAAGUUGUGAAGGAGAUCUCAACGCCUUUGCCCUUUGUCAGCGUCUUUAUUGAUCAGCACUGUCCUGAGCUCCGCAAUGGCGUCACGACGGCCUCCCCCGCGAGCGGUGCCACCUACCUGUUACUCUCUGUUGUGACCGGGCACACCAGGCUCUGUGGCAUGUGUCUUAAGGCAGGGGCCAACCCCAAUAACGUUUCCUUCCUGAAGGAUGAAAAUCCCGCCGAGGAGGAGAUGAGCCACGGUUACAGCCCUAUAUUCAUCGCGGCGCUUGCGGAGCAGAUCGAGAUUAUGGAUCUGCUUAGCAUGUAUGGCGGUAGUGUGCGUGUGUACGAUCGGUGGGGGCGAACACCACUACACGCCGCGGUUGCUAUCAAUAGUCCUGAAGUUGUACAGUGGCUUCUGGGGAAAGGAGCGCCGCGGUACCUGGGUGAUUGCUUGAAUUUGAUACCUGCUGAAAGUGCGGAGGAAGAUUAUUUUCCUGACUUGGCAAUGCCGAAUGCAGCCUUGUAUGGUGGGCCCUCAUUGCCACCCAAUUCCUACUUCUCACAGCAGGUAUUGCCUGAGCAAGCACAAUUGCAGGGGUCGAACAAUGAAAGGCAUCAGACCCUUAACCUCAGCCCCAUUGAGGCUUCGUUAACCGAAGUCAAGACUUCAGACGUGAAGGAAGAUGUCAUUGAGAAGACUGUAAAUGUUUCAUCCCCCGAGAAAGCUGACGAUAGUGCAAGUAUCUCUGCCUUGGCAACGAGUGAUAUUAAAAUAAAGGAAGCGAACCCUGAGGCACAUGAGAACAUCGUGAAAUGUCAUUGCCAUUCGGGUCGGGCAGCUGGGUACUGUGGGUGUGUUGAUGAUAUGUACUUGCGUUGGUCGUUUGACCGUCUCAAGACGACUUGGUGCCCUGCUGUCGACUUCGUGAAGCUAGCACGUCAACAGCAACAGGCCCCAACAAUGAAUACAGGCAAGAUUCUAGAAUAA